AUGUCGACCUUUGGCCACUACGGUGAAUCCCACUGCCGCUCCGUGGGAUGCAUCAUCGACGGCUGCCCUCCGGGCAUGGAGCUCACCGAGGCCGACAUCCAGCCCCAGAUGACCCGGAGGCGGCCCGGCCAGUCGGCCAUCACGACGCCGAGAAACGAGAAGGACCGCGUCCAGAUCCAGUCGGGCACCGAGUUCGGCGUCACCCUGGGCACCCCCAUCGGCCUCAUGGUCCUGAAUGAGGACCAGCGGCCCAAGGACUACGGCAACAAGACCAUGGAUCUCUACCCCAGGCCCAGCCACGCCGACUGGACCUACCUCGAGAAGUACGGUGUCAAGGCCAGCAGCGGCGGUGGCAGGAGUUCCGCGCGCGAGACCAUUGGCCGCGUUGCUGCCGGCGCCGUCGCCGAGAAGUACCUGAAGCUCGCACACGGUAUCGAGAUCACGGCCUUUGUCACGUCAGUCGGCGCCGUCCACAUGUUCCCCCCGACGCCCGAGAUGCCCACGCCCAGCCAGAACCCCGACUUCCUCAAGCUCCUAGAGACCAUCGACCGCGAGACAGUCGACAAGUUCCUGCCAGUGCGAUGCCCCAGCGAGGAGGCAUCAAAGAGGAUGGAGGACUGCAUCAGCGAGUUCAGGGAUAAGGAGGACAGCAUUGGCGGAACCGUAACCUGCGUCAUCAAGAAUGUCCCCAGCGGCCUGGGCGAGCCGUGCUUCGAUAAGCUGGAGGCAACACUCGCACACGCUAUGCUCAGCAUACCAGCAACCAAGGGCUUCGAGUUCGGCUCUGGCUUCGGCGGCUGCGAGGUCCCCGGCUCCGUGCACAACGACCCUUUCAUCCGGGCCCCCGAGUCUGCCGGCGCCGGAAGCAGCGGACUCCCCCGAUCCAAGCUGACCACCAAGACAAACAACUCCGGAGGUGUCCAGGGUGGCAUCACCAACGGCGCGCCCAUCUACUUCCGAGUGGCCUUCAAGCCCCCGGCCACCAUCGGCCACUCGCAGACCACCGCGACCUACGACGGCGAGGAGGAGGGUGUUCUUGCUGCCAAGGGCAGACACGACCCUUGUGUCGUGCCACGCGCCGUCCCCAUUGUCGAAGCCAUGUCUGCGUUAGUGGUCAUGGACUCUCUGAUGUCGCAAAUGGCCCGCAUCGGGGCGAGGAGCCACCUUCCCCCGUUGAAGCAGACGAUCCCUCCCUCAAGUAACGGCGUUUCAAGUGGGCAAUAG